CAUUAUUACAUAUAAGAUUAAAAUAAAGAGACAAAUAUUCAUUUUUACAUAUAGGCACGGAAAAUUUGUUUCUAUAAAAAGAAACCGGAGGCCGAGAUAUCACUGGUUUUCUCUCACGGUACUCCAACUCGCACGCCGUUGUUUAUGGAAUAUUCUUCUUCUGAUAACAAGUCCCGUACUGAGUCAACUCGGAGCGGUGCGGUAGUAGUUCAGCAGCGCUCCUACCAAUUGUGUAAGUAUUAAGUUACGAGAUUAGCGUAAAGAGCUAUGACGACGAGGACGAGCCUUUUCAGCCAUCGGACGAUAAGGCAGGGCGCGAUCUCAGCCGUCGGAUCUGUAAAGAUUAAGCUGUUGCUCGCCUGUUGCAUCGGCUUAACGUUAUUUGUUCUCGCCGGACGUACGGCGUCGUUCAUGGGAUGGAAGCAAGGCGCGGCUUCUUUCCAUCGAUCUUCUCUACCGGGGAAAGGAUAUGCCUUAUUGAUUAACACAUGGAAGAGAAAUGAUCUGCUGAAAAAGUCCAUUUCGCAUUAUGCAUCAUGUCCUGGGCUUGCUUCUAUACACAUUGUAUGGAGUGAGCCUGAUCCUCCUUCAGAGUCUCUUAAGAAAUUUCUAAACCACAUUAUACACCUGAAUGGUCGAGUAAUUGAGUUAAAAUUUGAUAUCAACAAAGAAGACAGUUUGAACAACAGAUUUAAAGAAAUUACGGACUUGAAGACGGAUGCAGUUUUUUCAAUUGAUGAUGACAUCAUAUUUCCUUGCACAUCAGUGGAAUUUGCUUUCACUGUCUGGCAAAGUGCACCGGAUACAAUGGUUGGAUAUGUACCACGUAUUCAUUGGGUUGAUAAAUUGAAAGGCAAUCAGGAUACCUAUCUCUAUAGCGGAUGGUGGUCUGUUUGGUGGACAGGAACAUACAGUAUGAUCCUCUCUAAAGCUGCCUUCUUUCAUAAGAAGUAUCUCAGUAUGUACACUUACGAGAUGCCAUCUUCCAUUCGAGAAUAUGUUACCAAGAACAGGAACUGUGAAGAUAUUGCAAUGUCUUUCCUUGUAGCAAAUGCAACUGGUGCUCCUCCCAUUUGGAUAAAAGGUAAGAUAUUUGAGAUUGGUUCGACUGGAAUUAGUAGCUUGGGAGGUCACAGUGAAAGGAGGACCCACUGUGUGAAUUGGUUUGCAUCUAAGUAUGGACGAAUGCCCUUGGUAUCAACUUCAGUUAAGGCCAUAGAUAGCCGAAGCAGCUGGUUUUGGUGAGAAAUGCGAGUUUUGCUUUCACCAAUUUUCCACUCAAAUCAGUUUAGCUCACUUAUUAGUAUUCUUAUGAGUUCCCAGGUUGUGUAAAUAUCAAAUUACCCAGCAUUUGUUAGUCUGGUGAUAGAAAUGGAAUUACCACGUUCACUUAGGCUUUUAGUCUUGUACCUGUAAUAUGAUUCACUUGGCUUGUUGCAAUGUUAUGUUCUCUCUUUAUCAAAAGGCUUAUACAUAUGUUCAGCCCUUCACAAGUUAUUAUUGAUUGCAACAAACAUGUCGAGUAUUUUGUGAUGACAAUUUAUGAACUUUUAUAAUUUUGUACGAGAGUUUUGAAUCAA